GAGUCCUCGGGCGCUCAGUUUGAACACAAGAUUUCCUUUUAACACCUUUCCAGCAAUAACAUAUUUCGAAUAUUGAUAUUAGGAAAAGCAUCAUAUCACUUCUUUCACUACUUCUUUUCCCUGAGAUAUCCGAUUUUCGUCGCGUAUCUCUUCAUCUCACAUUCCAAUUUCUUUUCCAACUGCAUCUGACUACGAGCAGUUCAGCUCGUAGUUUCCACAGCUCUGGCGACCGUUAAGCAAUUCGUUCCAUCAGCUGGCACAUGCGUGCUAGCUGUUGUUCUAGUACAGCAGCUGAAGCCGCCAUAGAAUGACCGCAACCGUUACUGACCGGUGGUGCUCAUAUUUUGCUGUUGUUAUUCGACUCGCUUGUGGAUUUUAACUCACCCGGAUGGAGGCUGCUCACAGCUAUCUUGGCUAUCUUGACAGGAUUGUGUCCAGACAAGGAAAGACAAACAGUGGCAGCCACAUUCGAAGCGGGAAAUCUCUCUUUUAUUGUUUAGACUCAAGACCAAGAUCAUCCGGACGGCAACAUGCGCUUCCUUCUAAGACGCUUGACCAAAUGGCCUGGAGGUCAGAAAGUCGAACCUGAAAACCGACAAAAUGUUAAUGGGACCACCCACGCCAAUUGGUGGCACAUGCCUCUCGCGAAAGACUCGACAUCUCCUUCGAUCCUGCGAGCAUUUGCCUCCAUUCCUCCAGAUUCUGCCCUUGGGUAUAUGCAAUCAUGCCGGCAAGGUCUCAGCCAAGCUGAAGCCGACGCACGCCUAAAAAUCGCUGGUCCCAAUGUUCUCAGUUCUAAAAAUCCUCCGCCGUGGUGGAAGUUACUACUUCUAAUUCUGCCCAAUCCGUUUACUAUUCUGCUGGUAUUUUUAGCAAUCAUCAGCGUCGCGACGCCUCAGCCGGACUGGAAAACUUUCGUUAUACUUAUGGUAAUGAUCUUGAUAUCCUCUGCUGUACGCUUCUGGCAAGAAUACCGUAGUAGCAUCGCAGUCAUCAAGCUCCAGUCUUCGGUCAGCGCAGACACGAAGGUUCGGCGACAAUGCCCAACUUCGGGCAAAUUCUUGGAUGGCACGCAGACUUCAGAGUCCACAAUUCAUGUCAAAGAUAUUGUGCCGGGGGACAUUGUCAUCAUCCGGCCCGGUCUCACUGUGCCUGCCGACUGUUUAAUAUUGGAGGCGUCAUCCCUAUACAUCAGCCAGUCAACGUUGACCGGGGAAAAUGAGCCGUUGCGCAAGACCCCUAAUCUGCAGCCUGCGAAAUUUGAAAAGGAAGAUCCCAGGUUCUUCGAACUUGAGAAUAUCGCCUUCAUGGGGACGAGCGUCAUUUCUGGCAGUGGGCUAGGCUUGGUGUUGAGAACUGGUGAUGAUUCGUUCAUUGCGACAAUAAUGAAGCAACUGAACAAGAAGCGGCCUGUGAAUUCCUUCCAACGAGGGAUCCGAAACGUGACCUACAUGUUAAUUGGGUUCAUGCUCACGAUGGUGCCGAUUGUUUUGGGAAUUUCCGGAAAGACAACUGGAAACUGGGGAAAUGCGGCCUUAUUCAGCUUGAGUGUUGCAGUAGGGCUUGUCCCCGAAAUGCUUCCGGCCAUUGUGAACACAAACCUCGCGAAGGGAGCUUUCAGUCUUUCCAAGAAAAAGACCAUCGUUAAGCGUCUCGACUCAAUCCAGAACCUGGGAGGAAUGUCAAUUCUAUGUAGCGAUAAGACUGGGACACUGACAAAGGACGAAAUCACGCUUUCUGACUAUCUCGAUUGCUCAGGUGUGAGGAACCGGGGAGUAUUCCAAUUAGCCUUUAUCAACGCCAAGUGUCAAGAAAUUCAAGGGACAAGCAUUGACUCUGCCAUUAUCAACUUCCAAUCGCGAGAGCCAAUGCAGACACCGCCUUACGAGGCGGUUUCCGAGAUUGCUUUCACCUUUGAAAGACGGCGAUCAAGCUGCAUUAUUCGAGGACCAACCAAGAAGCUCAAAUUGGUCUGUAAAGGAGCAUACGAGGAAGUGCUAGCUCUUUGUACGUCUGUUCGUGACGGGGCUAAGACUUUGAGCUUAUGUGCAGAAUGGCACAAAAAGCUUGCCGCCCAGGCCGAACGCCUCAGCUCUGAUGGGUUUAGAGUGAUUCUGGUGGCCACUAGGGAAGUUAAAGAUUCCGAGAUGGGCAACGAAGAUUUCAUUGAAGAUGACCUAGAAUCCAGCCUAACUUUGGAAGGUUUCCUGACAUUCCUCGACCCACCAAAAGAAGAUGCCGCAGCUUCAAUUCAACGGCUGCAAAGAUUGGGAGUAGACGUCAGGAUUCUCACUGGUGACAACAUGCCAAUCGCUCUGAGGCUCUGCCAAUUGCUAAACCUCGUCAGUUACGUCAGCGAAGGAGACGCUCAGGCCAUAACGGGACCGGAAUUGGCGAGGUUAGAAGGAACAGACCAAUUCCACGAUGUGAUCAGAACAUGCAAAGUAUUCGCGAAGCUAAGUCCGGCUCAAAAGGGGCAAGUCAUUUUGAGCUUAAAGGCGAAUGGAGAUUGCGUCGGAAUGCUCGGUGACGGGAUUAAUGACUGUGUUGCAUUGAGAUUCGCGGACGUUGGAAUUUCUGUUGAUUCAGGAGCAGGGGUUGCGAAAGACUGCGCCGACGUAAUCCUCACCGAAAAGGGCCUCAACAUAAUCGUGGAUGCUGUGACCAUGGGUAGAGUGACCUACGGGAACACAAUCAAGUAUAUCAAGAUGGUUGCAUCGUCCAACUUCGGCAAUGUCUUCAGUAUCCUCAUUGCCAGUGCGUGGCUUCCAUUUGAACCGAUGACGAGCUUGCAGCUUCUUAUCCAAAAUUUGCUCUAUGAUAUCAGUCAGAUCGCAAUUCCCUGGGAUCGAAUGGACGAAGAGUACUUGCAAGAGCCCAAAAAAUGGGACGCCAUUGGUGGGUUCCGCCUUAAUAUAUCGCUUGGUUCCCUUUGUCAACUAAUGUGUGACGUAGACUUGCUCCGAUUCAUCAUCGUCCUUGGGCCAACGAGCUCCACCAUCGACGUGUUGACGUUCUGCCUUGGGUGGUUCUACUACAACAUUCGCACCGCCGACGAUCCGGAGGCUGUAAAGCUAUUCCGCACUCACUGGUUCUUGCAAGGGUAAGUCAGCUCGUUCCAGCCACGCUUCGCUCCAAUUUUAUCUCAGUACGCUCGAAACACAUCAAUUAAUCGUGUUCACUUGCAGUCUUCUCACGCAAACCAUAAUUGUCCAUCUUUUGCGAACUGCUAAAAUUCCUAUCAUUCAAAGCCGCGCGGCUCGGGCCAUGGUGGCAUCCACGACUAUAAUCAUGGCGGUUGGUUUUGUUCUCCCGUAUAUUCCGCUAUUCCAGGCCGCCCUUCGGUUUGUCAACCCGGCAGCAACUUUUGUAGGAUUCCUCGCCGCGGAGCUACUGUUGUACUGCCUUGAGGUACAACUAGUGAAAGUGAUAUAUAAACGGAUUUUCAAAACAUGGCUAUAAUCGAUUCGCUGCAAGGGGGCCCGCCAAUGUGCCAAAAGCGAGCUUGGAGACAAGAAGGCAGUUAUUUCAACAAUAAUUUGCCACUUCGCGAUAGUAGUGACAAAGAAACAGGAAACAUGGGGAGGUUCAACACAUGUGAGGUUUCCGAGCUGUGUUCUGAGUUUGUCUUGCUAUGCUGUUAUGGAAUGAGUUUGUUUUAGCUUGUGGACGUGCUGAUCCAGCUUCAAAGUUGAAAGGGAUGUAAUAAUUUGUUCAUUAAUUUGCGAAGUUUGCCUUUUCAUAGCUAAACAAAUUCGAUAAUCAAAAUAGGAAGGAUCAAUUGGCACACAUUUCCCACGAGAAAAUGGGCCACAGAGAUCGGCUCACCUCAGCAGUACCUUAUCCAGGCCUAUAUUUAGAGUUGCAUGUCAGAAUCACGGUUUCGAAGUGAAAAA